AUGAAAAGGAAAAAAAAGGCAAAGGAUAACGAAAUUGCCGAAAGUUUAAGAGGAUCUCUUAAUAAAAUUUUUUCUACAAAGAAUGAGUUGGUUGAAAAUUUGAGAGAAAAUGAUGUUGGUGAAGAGUCACAAAAUGUUGUUGGGGAGUCUCAUGAUCAUGAAAUUGGUGGUUAUGUGGAGGAAGAUGUUAAUGACCAAGAAAAUAGUGGUGAUUUAGAGGAAAAUGUUGAUGAUGAGUCUCAAGAUCAUGAAAAUGGUGGUGAUGUGGAUUUAAAUGUUGAUGAUGAUCAUAUUGGUGUAGAGGAAAAUAUUGAAUCUCCUGAACCUAUUUUCCAUUUAAACAUUUAUGAUCCAAAAGUUUGGGAUAGCCUUAAUGCAGAAAUGAAAGACUUACUUAUAGAAAAUGGACCAAUUCGAGAAACUAAUUUCACGUAUUCUAAGGACAAACUCUCUAGAAAAUUUUCAUCACACUAUUAUGGUCGAAAAUUACGAACGGGUGAAAUUUAUGAUAAGAAAUGGCUUGUGUACUCAAAAGAGUUGGAUAAAGUCUUUUGCUUUUGUUGUAAAUUGUUUAAAACAAUUGCCUCAAAAAGUGAGUUAGCAAAAGAUGGAAUUAGUGAUUGGAGACAUCUUGGUGAGAAGAUUGACCAACAUGAAAAGAGUAAAGAGCAUCUCGUUAAUUCGAGAACUUGGGUUGAGUUGAAAAGUAGAUUGACAAAAAAUCAGACAAUUGACAAAGAAUUUCAAAUGCGAAUCAAGAAACAGACAAAUCAUUGGAAACAAGUGAUGCUUAGAAUUAUUGCUGUUGUGAAAUGUCUUGCCAUACAUAAUUUAGCAUUUCGUGGAACAAAUGAAAGACCUUAUGAAGACUCUAAUGGCAACUUCUUAGGUUUACUUGAAAUGAUUGCAGAGUUUGAUCCAAUAAUGCAAGAGCAUUUUUCGACUCAUUGA